AUGUUCAUGGAAGAAAGUGGAAUAGAUAACAAAAUCGUCAGGAUGAAUAAGUUGCACGUGGAAGCGGUUCAACAGUGCAUAGAUUAUAUGUACAGCAGCGUUGCCAACAUCACUUUCGAUAAUGUUGAAAAUGUUUUGCAUGCAUCUGACUUCAUGCAGUUGAUCGGACUAAGCGAACUCUGUUUCAAGUUUUUAAAACGUACCAUAUCAUCAAUUGAAAUAUACCACAUUGCUAUGUUUUUGGUAAAAACAUAUGGAGGAAAAUAUGGCGAAACAUUUUUUAAAGACUUCGCUAUGGAUGCUACAGAGCGUAUUAUUGUCACUGAAUCAUUUUUAAACUCAAAUCAGGAAGAUCUCACGAGGUUAUUAGGAACUAUACCAUUAAAUAUAGAAAAUGCAAAUGUCAUCAAAUGCAGGGCGUUGUUCGAAUGGUUGAAAUUUGAGAAACAUCGCAUGAAGUUAUUGCCAACAUUGAUCACAAACGCAUGUAUAUCAUUGCAACCGCGUAAAGUUGUUAUUGAUACAGGUGUGGCUGAGUUAAUGAAUGAAUUAGGUACUUUUUCGAAGAAAGAAAAUGAUGAUAAAAGUUUGAAUGACGCUAAAUUGAGGAAAACCAAUGAGGUAAAAACCGAAUUCUCAAACACAUCCGGACAUGCACCCAAAUUGGAAACUCAGAUUGCUAUUUUAAACAAACCUUCUGGCUUCGUAGAAAUAUUUCAUCCCAAGUGGGGUACGUAUUUAACACUUUGCAAAGUCAGCAAAAGCGUUGACGUCAAGUUAACUUCUAUUUGUGGAAAUCUAUGCAUGUUAAAAGAAAGAUCUUUAUUCAUCUGGAAUGGACAAACGUGGAAAAAUUCAGUUCAUUUGCAACGAAAACCAAAUCGCUGGUCGCAAUUUCUGAGCUUCCAAGACUGCGUUUACAUCAUUGACAAAUUUCAAACGUGUUGGUAUAACCCUAAAAACGAACAGUUGGUAGAAAACAUUGAUGGUUGUCUUUUAGGCGAUGGGUUUUGUGCCACAGCUUCGGAUAAUUUAAUUUAUGCAAUGGGCGGUUGGGAUACUGGCAAAGUCGCUACACGCUUUGACCCAUUAACUGAUACUUGGUCAUCGAUUGCACCCAUGAAUAUGCGCCGUUCUUGGGGAACUGCCGUCAUUCUUAAUGAAAACGUUUACGUUAUCGGGGGAAAGUCAUCAGCUUUUGGAAAAAAUCAGAAAUCAGUGGAACGCUACGAUACAGAUACAAAUACGUGGACAAAAUCUGGUAACAUAUCACGCGGCCGAUCUCACUCUAGCUCGUGCGUAGUGGGUGAUACCGUAUAUGUAUUCGGAGGAGAGAUCGCGAAUGAAAGUGAAAUUGACGACAACAAAUCAGAUUUAUGGGAACCUGUUGUUACUUGUGAUAAAUAUCACGGAAAAGUAUCAGUAUGCCUUUACAAUUCAACAAAUAUUGCCCACAAUGACAAAUAA